AUGGCGGACAUUAUCCGCGAUGCCGCCAUCGGCCAAAUCAUCCGUUGGGCCACCAACAACCGCUACCUCCAGUAUCCCGAAGAGAAGCCCGACUUUAAGCUCCCAGAGGCCUAUGCCGCCAUCCUCGACGGAUCCUCCGCGACCACAAAACACAAACCGGUACCCGGCUCCUUUACAACCCUAGACGACGACAACGUCGUAACGGACAGCGAUGAUGUCGCACCCGCACCUCUUGCCCCCAUCCCCUCACACCGCUCCGGCAUCAACCAAAUCACCGAAGCCGCUCUCGAAGCCGACCAACUGCACCGCGCCGAAAAGACGCACUCCCUCGCCAUUGCGCCCCAGCAGACCAAGGACGGCACCGGUACCGUCCUCGUCGACUGGUACCGCACCGACGACGCCGCCAACCCGCACAACUGGUCCAACGGCAAGCGCAACGCCAUUGCGCUCCUCAUCUGCCUCUACACCUUUGUCGUCUACACCACCUCGGCCAUCUACACCACCUCGAGCGCCGGCGUCAUGCGCGAGUUUGGCGUCGGCGCCCUCGACGCCUCGCUCGGCCUCUCGCUCUACGUCCUCGGCUACGGCGUCGGCCCGCUGCUCUUCUCUCCGCUCAGCGAGAUUCCCCGCAUCGGCCGCAACCCCGUCUACGCCGUCACCAUGUUCCUGUUCGUCGUCCUGUCCAUCCCGACGGCGCUGGUGCACAGCUUUGCGGGACUCAUGGUGCUGCGCUUCCUGCAAGGGUUCUUUGGUUCGCCGUGUCUGGCGUCGGGCGGCGCGUCGCUCGGCGACAUGUAUAGCCUAAUGGCGAUUCCAUACGCCAUGAUGGCUUGGGUCUCUGCUGCCUACUGCGGACCUGCUCUUGGUCCUCUUCUCAGCGGCUUCUCCGUACCAGUCAUGGGCUGGCGCUGGUCCCUGUACGAGUCCAUCUGGGCCUCGUCUCCCAUCUUCAUCCUCAUGCUCCUGUUUCUCCCCGAGACGAGCAGCGCCACGAUCCUGCUGCACCGCGCGCAGCGUCUCCGCAAGGUCACUGGCGAUGCCCGCUUCAUGUCCCAGAGCGAAAUCGACCAGCGCAGCCAAAACACGACUGCCGUCUUCAUGGAUGCCCUCAUCAAGCCUCUCGAAAUCACCAUCAAGGACCCUGCUGUCCUGUUUGUGCAAAUCUACAGCGCCAUCAUCUACGGCAUCUACUACUCUUUCUUUGAAGUCUUCCCGCUCGUAUACCCCGUCGAUUACCACAUGAGCCUCGGCCAGGUCGGCCUAGUCUUUCUGUGUAUCCUCAUAGCCUGCAUCAUCGGUGUCGUCACCUACUUUUGCUACCUGUACUUUUACAUGAAUCCCCGCAUCGUCAAGUUUGGCUUCGGCGCCCAGGAAGAGCGUCUCGUUCCCGCCCUCGGCGCCGCCUUUGGCCCGACCAUUGGCCUCUUCCUCUUUGCCUGGACCGCCCGCGCCUCGAUCCACUGGAUCGUGCCCACCAUCGGCAUCACCAUCUACGGCGCCACCGUCUUCGUCGUCAUGCAGUGCAUCUUUGUCUACAUUCCGCUCAGCUACCCCCAGUACGCCGCCAGCCUCUUUGCCGCCAACGACUUCUUCCGCAGCGCCCUCGCCUGCGGCAGCGUCCUGUUUGCCCACCCUCUCUUUGGCAACCUCGGCGUCGCUAGGGGCACGAGCCUGCUCGGCGGCCUCAGCGUCAUCGGCAUCAUCGGCAUCUGGCUCCUGUACUUUUUCGGUGCGAGGCUUCGCGCGAUGAGCAAGUUUGCACUCGCAGACUAA